AAACGAGCGUGUUCCGCCUCGCCUUCCGUCAGGGAAACUGCAUUACACCGGCGUUUUGCUCUAGUAAGGAGAACACACUGAGAAUGCAGUUUUAUAUGUGCGGAUGCUUCUUCAGUGCCAACCUUUUCAUCAAGGAAUACAAAAUGCAUGUCACCUUUCAUGGAAGAGACAAAUUCUUAAGCGAGUAUGGAGAGCUCCUGCAGGCAAAAGGUUGCAGCAAUCCUGAAGAUCUUGUCCAGGAGUUAGAGGAGGAAGUCUUACGGCGACAGAAGUUGCAGGAGGAAAGUUGGGGGCGGCGGCAGCUAGUGGCCAGCCAAUACACGCAGCUCAAUCCACACAUCUUUACUUUGCAGGCAUCUUUCUUGGAUCCCAAGUUCCAGGAAUUGGUUAGUUUUGCUCAAGAGGCCAGCCAGGACAGCAAUGCAAUAAUCAGCCAAAUGCAGAGUCACCAGAGUCGCAUCUACUCCUUUCCAGUCUUCACCCAUGAGUUCUGCCGCCAAUUGCUGCAGGAGGUCGUCAACUUCGAAGAAUCACCUCUUCCUAAAGGACGUCCCAAUACUAUGAACCAGUAUGGGAUCAACUUGGGAGAACUGGGGUUUGACGGCUUCAUCACCAGACUCCGUGAGGAUUAUUUAAGCCACUUGACACGGCUCUUGUAUCCCGACUGGGGUGGAGAUGCCCUAGACUCACACAAGGCAUUCAUUGUCACUUACAAGGAGGGAAUGGAUGUAGAACUUGGGUAUCACUAUGAUAAUGCAGAAGUGACCAUUAACAUCUCCCUAAACGAAGACUAUAGUGAUGGCGACCUCUAUUUUGGGCCCCUGAGAACAGAGACAUCCUCUCGCCGCAUAGGGUACUCCCACCAGCUGGGCCACGGAUUGCUGCACUUGGGCCAGCAGCUUCAUGGUGCACUGCCCAUCACGCAGGGGACAAGGUACAAUUUAAUUAUAUGGAUGCGGUCAUCAUGUGUGAGGAACCAUCUGUGCCCCAUGUGCAAUCAAGAACCCUCACUGGUGCCUGUGAAGAAUGGCUUUGGCGACGGAUUCACUGCCAAGACGGUGGAUGUUUGUAGCACUAGUUAGUCAACCAAAGAUAUACAUUGUUAAGACAUAUCUGCUGAAUAUGGUUGCCCUAAAUAGUAUAUACAUAACACAUUUGAACCUUUGGCUUCUGUAUGACAGCCAUGUAUCUAUGUCUUUCUUCAUUUUUAAGGUACUACAGAUAUGGGACUUUGUUUACUUUUGGAUGUGCUUCUGUCAUUCAAAUUGGCAUUAGUAACUGUGACAGUCAUGUCAUAAUUAACAGUUAGGAAAUGCAAAUCACUAAACCACAAAGCAUUGCUUCUUAUAGUGUCACAGUUUAUGUGCCUCUUGAACCCUAAAUCAUUUUUAUAGUAUUCAGCUCCUCUUAUGAAAGGAGAGAGAAACAUUUUGUGAGGAACUGGGUUUUUGGGAUAGAUUAUUGUUACCUAAUUUGUAAUGUAGAUUGAUUCUGUUUUGUUUAUAUUUCAUACCAUGCAUUGUCCAUGCAUUGUAUAUCCAUAUGUUACUGUGAUUAAAACUGUGUGCCUUUCAAGUUGACAUUCAAAUUGAUAAUUAAUGUUAUUCCCAUUAGUAUUUUCUAGUCAGAAUUUGCAUAUUAUGAAUCAUAUAUAAAAUAUAUAUAUAUAUACAUUGUUA